AUGUCUUUCAUAUUCACUCAUCAAAAUGCAGAGAUGCAGUUAGAUAAAAAGCAUACUGCCCUCGUCUUUGCAGAUCUUCAAAAUGAGUUUCUCACUGAGACUGGGAGCUACUAUCCGAUGAUAGCAGACAAGCUAAAGGAGCUCAACGUCAUGGAUCACAUUGAACAACUCCUCCAGUGCGCAAAAGAAAACAAUUUCUUUGUGAUUCACUCACCGCACUAUUACUACCCUACUGAUCGCCAGUGGGUUGCUCCACCCGGUGCCAUUGCAGACUAUCUCGGAAAGCAUCCCAAAGGAUUUGUUGGCCGAAAGGAUCCCGUUGACUUGGAAGCCUUUGUUGGUUCAGGUGCAGACUACCCCGAAAGGCUGAAGCCGUAUCUUAUGGACGGACAGACAGCAAACACAUCACCUCAUAAGGGUUUGUCGUGCCAGUCAAACGACCUGAUAAAGCAACUUCGCAUGCGGCGCAUUGAAAAGGUUAUUAUUGCUGGCCCUGUAGGAAACCUAUGCUUGGAGAAUCAUAUGCGGGACAUUCUUGAAGCUGGUUUUGAGGUCGCGGUGGUGCGCGAUGCUAUUGCUGCCGGUAAGAACGAGGAGGGAGAUGGUUACACAGCUGCGAUGGUUAAUUACCGAUUCAUGGCCAAUGCCAUGUGGACAACGGAAGAAACCAUCAGGCGCCUGAAAGCUGUAGGAACUGAGUAA